ACCCACUCGUGCACACACACACACACUCCUCCCCGUGUCUCUGUCUCUCGCCUUCUUCAAGCAAGCCAGCAUUCAGCUUUACUUCAAGUACGCACAACAUGAACAACAACAUGAACAACCAGAGUCACGAGAAGUGCGCAUUCUGCCACGAGACCACCCAUCCACUCCGUCUUUGCAUGAAGGCAGACAAGCAGACGGGCUUCAUCCACGGCUGUGCUGUGUGCAAUGAAAUUCACCCCAUGGGGAACUGUCCUGACUACCUGGCCUUGAGCCCGGAGGCCCAGUAUAACCUCGUCGUCCUGGGCCGCGGACGCAUGCCGCCACUCGAUGUCGACGAACGCUGGACCCGGACCGUCGCCAGAUACGAUGCCCAGGCCUCUGGGCCCCUGCCGGCGCCCGAGUUUCUUCCCUGGACUAGGGACUUCACCAUCAAAUGGAUCAGCGACAUCGAUUCGAACAACAUGAAGCGGGCCAUUAUAGACAGGUUCUACCGCUUUGGCGAGCGCGCCAUACUUCCUGUCGACCCCUUGACGAGGACCCUCGCGGUUGCUUGGCGCACGGCAUCCGUCGGUUUUUCCCUGCGGCGCAUUGGCAAAGCUUGCGCAGACGCCUCGGAGAAUAACAACCGCACCUGAAUCAGGGUAGAGGGAUGGGACGCAUCGUGGGCGAAUCCGGAUGGUGGGGAGAAGGAAGGACCGAAUUCAUUUUUGGAAGGGUGAAGUGAGGACCGGAUUCA